UCAAAAAAGUUAUGGCCCAAAAUACACCCUCAAGACUGAAUCGUCCUUUACCGUCAACUCACAGCGCCAUCGGCGAAAUUCAUUCCUCGCCUCUUCGCAAACAUUCAUCCCCCCUCACCUCUUCUUCUUUACUAUCCACAUCUCUUCUUCUUCUCUUGUUCCUCCCAGCCACUGAUUGUGUAAAUAGGGAAAAAAGGAAAGUGAAUGUUUGGCUGCCGGCGGGCUGUUGUUGAUGAUGGCCCAGCCGUCUAUACAGAAGUACUGUCAGCAGCGCAUCACAAAACUGGGGCCAUAUUGACAAAUACGCCGCUAUUUCUCAUUAUUCCUCAUAAAAUUUGCUCUUCUAAUAUCCCAAAAUUUUUUUAUUUUAUUACAGGCGAACCUCGUUAUAAAAUACCCCCUUGGGAUCGACCUUAUAAUGAGGGUGUUCAUAAACUGGGAAGUAUCUUAGAUUGCGUAUCUCGGCCCUCUCUAACUAAUGGGUUGUAGGAGCUGACAUAGAAGUCUAUAACGAGGGGUUUCGAACAAAACUGAAGAGGUGUCCGCAAAUGUCGUUUUCUCUGUAAUGUUCGCAAAUGUCGUUUCUUUUCCUCUGGGAUUUAAAAUCGUAUUUUAUAAUAGGGUGUUUAACGAGGGGUAUCCUAAAUUGGAGGUAUAUCUUUGUCGACUCCCAGUAACCAGUAAGGGGGCAUCUAACAUC